GUUUACAGACAAGAAGAAUAGCUGGCAGAAUGGCUCCAUCAUUCUCAUUACAACUUAUAUCACCCAAAUAAACACCCUUAACAAAUCCACUUCAGUUUAUUAAAACUAACCCAAUACUCAAACUACCUUUGAUCACUUCUCACAUCCCAGCCCUAGGACUCAACACUAGCACACCCUCUUCAAUCAUUAGCCAUUCCCCAAAAUAGAGAAGACUGGAGUCCUCACAUCCCUGUUCAAUGGAUCAUUUAAAGGGCUUAACGAUUCCUCUUCUCUCAAUCUGUCUGUGCGCAAAUCAAAACUUGUUUUCUAAGGAAACUGACCAGAGUAGCAUUAUUGUUUGGAAGCCGUUAACCAAGGAACAGAGGAGAUUUUCGAUACCACAAUGUCGUCAGCAGAAUUUUGAACGACUUGGGUUCAGUUAUGACUCUGUCAGUGAUGAUUACAAACUCGUAGUAGCCACAAGUGCAUUGUCAGGAAGGAAGCUUGAUAAGGUCCAGUGCUUGGGCUUGGAGACGGGUUUAUGGAAAACUACUCAAUGCGAUACACAGUACCUGUUUGAUUUAUCAGGAGCAACCACAGAAUCCAAACAUGUCAAUGGCCGCAUCUAUUGGCUUAUUGAUCGUAAAGGACAAGAAGAAUGUGGGAUUGCGAGUUUUGAUUUGGCCACAGAUAGGAUGGGAGAAGAGGAAUCUCUAAGCUGGACAUUAUCCAAUGACUUUAAAAUGUAUGCUGCUUUGGAGCUCUCAAGAGAUUCUCUUUGUCUGGUGGUGUCUUUGGAUGGGGUGACAUAUGAUGUGUGGAUGAUGGAGGAAAAUCUGGUGACAAAUUCCAAAUUUUGGACGAAAUUGUUCAGAGUUCAUGGUACUGAUGGCAACUUCAACACCCCUUUAGAUGAUGAAACAAAUUGGGAUGUGACGUCUCCUAUCUGUUUCACCAGCAAUGGCAAAGUUCUGAUUUUUUCACAUGAAAGAGAUGAAUAUGCUAUUUAUGACCCCAAUGAUCAUUCAGUUAACAAGGUUGCAGAAUUUGGCAAUCACAGUGUCAGAUCCUGGCCUGUGAGUCUGUAUGUGGAGAGCUUGGUCUCCCUGGGUCGAUAGAUUCAAUCACUCAAUUCUAAUUUUAUUAAUAUUAUUUUUUUGUUCUAGUUUUAUUAUCUUCUUUAAUGUUGGGAGUGUCUGAUAAUAGAAGAGGGUGUGCUAUGGUGUUAAGAGUGCUGAGGCUGGGAUGUCAAAAGUGACUAAAGGCAGUUUGGUUGUUAGAGAAGUUUUAAUAUAGGUUGCAAUGGAUGUGUUAAGGGUGUUCUUUAAGGUGCUAUUAGUUGUAAUGAGAAGGAUGAAGCAAUUCUGCCAGCUAUUAUUCUUUGCUGUUGACAAGAACUCUGUGGUCUCAGCUUGUAAAUUUGGUUGUUAAAGGAAUGCUCAUUAUGGUUUUUAUUAUUCAUUAAUCAUGAGAAAGUGCCCUUGACAGUUCAGUUUUGUCUUGUCUUCGAUGAGUUUGAUGAGUCUUUGGAGCUAGAGGAGGUUCACAUUGUGAAAUUCUGCCAGGUGUGCCAUUGUCGAUAUUCUGUUAGAUUAUUAUGCUAAUCAAGGUGUGUGUGAAGAAGAGGUGAGGCAAGGGAGGCAUGACUCCCAUGAUAUUUGAUUUAUUUUUCCUGGAAUGCCAUGUGCAGAAAGGUGGAUUUUCUUGAUACAGUUCUAAUUUAUUGGUGUUGUUCACAAUUAUACUGCCUUUGUGCUAUUUUAUCUUCAAAAAUAUAUGGAGUGUAGAUUUGCGUGGAUUUGUCUAAGUUGAGCUUUAUCUUUUGUUAUUCUUCUUGGUUUAUUAGGUGUGUUGCUUGUGUUUGCUGUCAUUGUCCUGCAUUUUCGUUUAGUUCAGAGGUUCAAAGCCUAGAAACACUUCAGGGUUUUGUUUCCAUUUUUUCACAACCUUGGGAGGAUUUGUUGAAGCUUCGCCAGUGGGAAGGUUGUUUAGUUAUUGGGAACCCAAUUCAAUGUUGUAUUUUCUUAUGCUUCUUAUGGAUUUGUUUUAUGAUUUGGCUUUACGCACUUAGAUUUGGAUUCAAUU